GCGCCUGUCAGGGAAGCUGCAAGCGCGCCGACGCGGGCGGGUCGGGGCUCCACUGCGCAGUGCCAGCGCCAGCACCAGACCCGCGCUCUCCGGCCCGCCGCCUCGGCUCUGGCUCGCGAGCCCGCACUCCAGUCCUGCCCGUGCGCUGCCCAAGUAUGGAGCUGCUAUGCUGCGAGGGCACCCGGCACGCUCCCCGGGCCGGGCCCGACCCACGGCUGUUGGGGGACCAGCGUGUCCUGCAGAGCCUGCUCCGCUUGGAGGAGCGCUACGUGCCCCGCGCCUCCUACUUCCAGUGCGUGCAGAAGGAGAUCAAGCCGCACAUGCGGAAGAUGCUGGCGUACUGGAUGCUGGAGGUGUGUGAGGAGCAGCGCUGUGAGGAGGAAGUCUUCCCCCUGGCCAUGAACUACCUGGAUCGCUACCUGUCCUGUGUCCCCACCCACAAGGCACAGUUGCAACUCCUGGGUGCGGUCUGCAUGCUGCUGGCCUCCAAGCUACGCGAGACUACGCCCCUAACCAUCGAAAAAUUGUGCAUCUACACCGACCAUGCUGUCUCUCCCCGCCAGCUGCGGGACUGGGAGGUGCUGGUCUUGGGGAAGCUCAAGUGGGACCUGGCUGCUGUGAUUGCCCACGAUUUCCUGGCCCUGAUUCUGCACCGGCUCUCUCUGCCCAGUGACCGACAGGCCUUGGUCAAAAAGCACGCCCAGACCUUUUUGGCCCUCUGUGCUACAGAUUACACCUUCGCCAUGUACCCACCAUCCAUGAUCGCCACGGGCAGCAUUGGGGCUGCAGUGCAAGGCCUGGGUGCGUGCUCCAUAUCCGGGGACGAGCUCACAGAGCUGUUGGCAGGGAUCACAGGCACUGAAGUGGACUGCCUGCGAGCCUGUCAGGAGCAGAUUGAAGCUGCACUCAGGGAGAGCCUCAGGGAAGCCGCCAAGACCUCCCCCAGCCCAGCUCCCAAAGCACCCAGGGGCUCCAGCAGCCAGGGGCCCAGCCAGACCAGCACCCCCACAGAUGUCACAGCAAUCCACCUGUAGCCCUGGAGAGGCCCCCUCCAGUGGCCACUGACAGCAGAGGAGGGGACACUGCCACCCCCCUUUCCCUGCCUGCAGGAAUGAACCACGCCACAACUGAAGCCUGAGGGGGCUCCUUCCUAUUUGCCCCUUGCCAAGCCGAAGGGGGCAGGUCCUACGUAUCCCUGCCGUGUGCACUAAGGGGCCUGGCCAGCCAUGUUUGUGUGGCUGGCCAGGCUCCUCCUCCUCCCUGCCUCUGACCAGCUCAGCUCCUUCCCUGAUUCUAGCUGGGGGUAGGCCAGGCUGAUCAGAGAUGAAAUUGAAGUAGGUAAAAUACAUCUUACCAGCGUUUUUUUUUUUUUUUUUUUGAGGGCCCCCCCUUAUCUUUGGGGCACUCAUGUUCUCAAUUGCCAAAAUGCCAUAGUGCCUUAUAAGGGUGCUGCACCUUCUAGAGUCUGCUUUUGGAUUGGGAUCUUCCUGAAGAAGUUUCAGAUAUUCUGAGGAGAUAGCGCAACACAAUCCAUGCUCACAGCUGCUCCUAGAGGGAGGGGCCCGGGCCUCUCACAGGUUCAAGAACCAACCAAUUCCUCCUUGCUUUGCUUUCCACUCAGCUUCUCCUAUGUGAUUGAGGGGGGCGGGGUCAGUGCUGAAGGAAGAGGUGGUUUUAAUUUAUUAAUUGCUUUGAGUACAACUGUAAGAGGGUAUGGUGGGGUCCACCUAACCCAAGUGGUGGUAACCCUGGUGGUUGCUGCAUCCCUCCCCUCUGCUGCUGGCUAGAGGGUCUUGGUGGCCAAGGAGCUGCUACAGCCUGGGGACGGGCCAGACCCUCCUCUCCCUUUGGCCCUCUGCCCCAUCCUCCACAGGGGAUGAAGCAGGGAUGCCACAGGUGACCCCAUCUGGAGAGGGAGGCAAGCCCUGUUGACACAGGUCUUUCCUAAGGCCACAAGGUCCAGGCUGGUGGCCCAGGACCAUCAUGCUACCUUAAUAAAGAUUCUGGAAUAAAACUGGC